AUGUCCUUCGCGAACGCAUGGAGACUCUGCGUUUUACUAGUGUUGUUGGCGGGGGUCCUGGCGCAGGGCUGCCGGGGUCCGCAUGUGCAGGUGGACAUUAAUCAGGAAGCUCAGAUUGUGCUGAAUGAAAUGGGAGCCCCCCUGACCCGGCGGUGCGCAGCUGAAAGGACAUCAUUGGAAGUCAGGACAUUGAACUUGUCCAAACUCAUGGAGAGAGGACGGGCCCCGAACACGCUCCGUGUUGUCUACCAAGUGUUGCGUCAAUUCAGCAAGAUCUACAGUAUGAACAUGGCCUCGGUCACAUGGCCCCGGGACAAGGUGGAGAGUCUCAGGCUUCUCCUGGAUGGGCAGAUCAGAGAGCUGGAAAACUGUGUGAGGAACACAGGCUCCGAGACCCGGCCACGGAGAAGCGCCGCAGUUCACAACUACUUCAGGAAACUCGGCAAAUUUCUUAAACGGAAGAGAUUCAGCGCCUGCGCCUGGGAAGUAACGCGCGCCGAGACCAGGGCGUGUUUACAACAAUUGCCUCUAGUAAUGACAAGAAUCAACGAGGCGAACUGA